AUGCGCGAGCAAGGCCGCCGAGAGCGCGUCUCGACCCAGCCUGUGUCACUUGGUGAUGCAGGCGCUGGUCAUGAAGACACUCGUGUCUUCACAGAGUACGAGCUCGGUGUCUCAUACUCUCCAGAUACGGAUGACGGAACCGUAUCGACGGCGAUUGAAUCGAAGCCGCCUGCCAAGCGUGGCAUGGAUGAUGCUAUGCGUCCUAGCAUCUUUGGUUCAUCUGAUGAAUCAGAUGAACCAUCGCCGAAGCGAAGGCGCUCGAGGUCGCGAGACUAG